AUGAAAGGAUUUCAGUUUCUUGUAGUUGUUAUCUUCUUGGCUUUGGUAUCAUCCUUUGCUUCUGCUUAUGAUCCAAGUCCUCUUCAAGACUUCUGUGUUGCCACUGAUAGCACCGAGCUUGGUGUUUAUGCAACAUUUGUGAAUGGAAAGUUCUGUAAGGAUCCAAAAGAUGUCACGUCUAAUGACUUUUUCUUCCCAAGAAUUGAUAUCCCUCGAUUAAUAGAUAAUCAAUUUAAGGUCAAUGCCACAAUUGUUGACGUUGAUCAAUUGCCAGGACUUAAUACUCUUGGAAUAUCGCUAACGUAUGUUAAAUUUGCACCUCGUGGCCUAGCUCCUCCUCAUUACCACCCUCGAAGCUCUCAAAUUGUUGUAGUUUUGGAGGGAAUUGUGUUUAUGGGCUUUGUUGUAUCGAAUCAAAAUAAUAAUAUCUUAUUCCAUAAAACCCUUUAUCCUGGAGACGUUUUCGUAGCCCCACUUGGACAAAUUCACUUGGAAUAUAAUAUUGGAGAUAGUACUGCUGUUAUUUUAGUUGCUUACAACAGUCAGAAUCCAGGAAUCGUAACUAUAUCUAAUGCUAUUUUUCAGUCUAAUCCACUUAUAGAUUCUUAUAUUCUUGCUAAGGCAUUUCAACUGAAUAUUGAUGUGGUAGAAUACUUACAACAGGCAGCUUAG